ACCAAAAAAAAACAUUGUCAAGUCUUUGUUUUCUCUUUUCUUUUCUCUCUUCCAAGUUUCAAGUUUCAAAGGGAGUAAGAAUUUGGAAUUACAAAACUAAGAAACCUCCACUCAAACCAAGCAUCAUUUGAAGAGUUGUCUGUCUACCGUCAAGCUGAUUCCUCCACACAAGUACGGAACUAGAGCCAACGUCAGAUUAAGAAUGGAGUAUCAAGAGCAACAUAACGUAGAGGUCAGAAUGGAAAUAGAGGACUUGAAGUCAAGUAUGACUAAGCUCACUGAAAUGCUGCAAGUUUUGAUUGCUAGAGGGGAACCGCCUCAGAAGACUGUCAUUGUUGAAGUCCCAAGUGCUGAUGUUGACCCUCAACCCACUCAACAACCACCUUCAACAUGGCCCGAGUUUGGUUUGCCACUUGAUUUUACUCCUCCCUAUGAGAAGACUCCUGGUAUUGGUCAAUCAUCACGACCUGUGAUAGGUCAAACUUCAAACCCAGUUAUUCGUGCUCCUAUCAUGACUAAAUCUCAGCCCAUUGUGCAUACUGUUGCUCAACAUGCUUAUGAGAAUCCUUUAUUUGAAUACCAAGCUGCCAAUUCCCAGAAUGGAAGCCAAGGGGAUGCUGGAGAUAUUGAAGGUGUCAAAGAAUAAUAUCAGACUUUGGAAAAGCGAUUGAGAGCCAUGGAAGGCAAUAAUUACUUUGGGGUCGCUGCUAAGAAUAUGUGUUUGGUUUCUGAUGUCGUCAUGCCUGCAAAAUUCAAGACUCCUGAAUUUGAGAAAUACAAAGGAAACACCUAUCCAAAAAAUCAUUUGAUCAUGUACUAUCGCAAAAUGGCUGCUUAUACUCAAAAUGACAAACUGCUCAUCCAUUGUUUUCAAGAUAGUUUGAGCGGAGUUUCGCUAAAAUGGUAUAUGGGACUCGAGAGGAGUCGUAUUCAAUGUUUCCAAGACCUAACUGAUGCUUUCAUUAAGCAAUAUAAGUAUAAUUUGGACAUGGCACCUGAUCGCCGACAACUACAAAGCAUGUCCCAGAAAGAGAAAGAGUCUUUCAAGGAAUACGCUCAACGCUGGAGAGAGCUUGCUUCUCAAGUAGAGUCACCUUUAGUUGAAAAGGAACUAACAGGCAUGUUUAUGGAUACUCUCUCACCUUUCUUCUGGGAGAAGAUGAUCGGUAGUGUAUCUUCCAACUUCACAGACUUGGUAACCAUUGGUCAGAGACUUGAACAAGGAAUCAAGAAUGGGAAAGUUACUCAUGUUGUUGAAUCCUCUAGUGGGGCGAGGAAGCAUUUUGGAAACUUCCAGAAGAAAAAUGAGACGAAUGCUGUGUCGGAAGACAGAAGAUCUCGUCAUAGACCUCAUAAUGGUGAUCAACCUUAUGUGGCUGCUGUUGCUCCUGUGCGAGUUCAAGCUCCUCAACCUGAGGUUGCUAACCAAAAUCAUAUUCGUAAUAGGGUUGACUUUGACCCCAUCCAUAUGACUUAUACUGAAUUAAGUCAUCUUGUUUCGAAAGGGAAUGCAUAUGGUUGCGAGGUUCUAUCCAAUCAUGAUUUGGAAACUACAGACUAUUUAUUUCUUAGUGGCAGAAGUUAG